AUGAAAAUACAAACCUCUUUGGGUACAUAUAUUGGACGCUGUGGUGGAGAAGAUUGUUCCAUUUGUCAGUGCUCUCCUGAGAAAGGCUCAAGAGGGCAGCCUGGCCAGCCAGGAGUCCAGGGUCCAAUUGGUGGUCUGGGUUCCACUGGACCCAUCGGUGUGCCAGGAGAAAAAGGCCAGAGAGGUGAUACUGGUCUAUCUGGGCCACCUGGUGAAAGAGGAAAUAUGGGUCCAACUGGAGUCCCAGGGUUUUCAGGUCUAGAUGGAAUGCCUGGGCUGCCAGGAAUUGAAGGGCCCAGAGGGAAGCCUGGGGUAGAUGGAUGUAAUGGUUCAAGGGGAGAUCCAGGAUUUCCAGGAGAGGCUGGAUGCAUUGGACCCAAAGGCUCAUUUGGUAUUCCUGGCCAAAAAGGAGAAAAAGGAAAUUCCAUAUAUAUUUCUGAGUUCAUUCAAGGGGCUUCUGGAGAAAGAGGGGAUCCUGGACCUCAUGGCAUGCCUGGCCUGAGAGGAGAAAAGGGACCAAGGGGUUCACUUGGAUUUCCAGGCCAACCAGGUGUACAGGGUUCUCAUGGUCAUCCUGGCUUCCCAGGUGAACAGGGGAAUCCAGGAACUGGAGUGGAAGGACAAAAGGGAGAGCCGGGUGAUGUAGGACCUCCUGGAUCUCCAGGACAGCCAUUAUUGGUUGGACCUCCUAGUUCUAGACUGUUAAAAGGAGAAAAGGGAAUAAAGGGAAUGCCUGGAUCUAUUGGCUCAAAAGGAUUGCCUGGCCGCAAAGGUGGAUUUGCGAUUGGAGACAAGGGUGAAAAGGGGAUUCCUGGUUUUCUUGGAAUGCAGGGAAUUCCUGGCUCAUAUGGUUCUCUGGGUUUUCCAGGGAGCAAGGGUAAAACUGGAUCACGUGGAUUUCCUGGUCAAGAUGGCUUGCCAGGCAUUAAGGGGGAUCCUGGAGAGAACGGGCAACGUGGACCACCAGGAACCCAAGGAGCUCCACACCCUGGACCAAAGGGUAUUCAAGGAGAUGCUGGUGACCCUGGUCUUUCUGGAGAGAGAGGAGAAGAUGGAUUUCCUGGUUCUCCUGGGGAUGAAGGAAGGCAAGGGGAAGAUGGCAUCAGCUUACCUGGCCUUAAAGGUGUAUUGGGAGUCCAGGGUCCUCAAGGCUUUCAUGGUGACCCUGGUGUCCCAGGUCAAUCUAGUACAGCUCCAGGAAGGCCAGGAUCUCCAGGAUUACCUGGUUUUCCAGGAAUACCAGGAAGCCAAGGCUUGCCCGGACCACCCGGUGUUGCUUGUAACGGGAGAGGUUCCCCUGGAGAACCAGGAGCUAAAGGUCAAAGAGGAUCACCUGGAGAAAGAGGUGGAAAAGGAGAGAAAGGGAAUCCAGGGAUCUGCUCAUGUGGGCCUGGUCCUUGUGGUCUACCUGGCAAACAAGGCCCUCCAGGAAUACCUGGAAGAAAAGGAGAAAUGGGAGUACCUGGAAAAUAUGGAAGAAAAGGUGAUCCUGGUUUUCCUGGUACAAGAGGAGAACCAGGAUCCUUAGGAUUACCAGGUCCACUUGGACUGACUGGUGAAAAAGGAGAUAAAGGUGACCCAACUAGAGUAAGGAUCAAAGGGGUAAAAGGACAAAGAGGGGUCCCAGGGGUGCCUGGAUCUCCAGGAAUAAAUGGCACUGCUGGCAAGAAUGGAGAUGGGGGAUUGCUGGGUGAUAAAGGGAUUCAGGGAGAUGAUGGAAGAGCUAUACAAGGUGACAAAGGAUUCCCUGGGGCCCCUGGAAUUCCAGGCUCAAGAGGUCAAAUGGGGACACCAGGUUUUGGAAUUCAGGGCCCACAAGGUAUCCAGGGUCUACCCGGAGAUCCAGGAAGACCUGGCAUGAAAGGAACACCUGGGCCAAAGGGUCAAAAAGGUAUUAGUCUUCCAUAUGGAAGAGCGUAUCCCGGAAAUCCAGGUAUAGCAGGAAUUAAAGGUGUACCAGGUCCAAAAGGUUUAAGAGGGCCACCUGGGCCACCUGGGCCCAACGGUUUUGAUGGUCUCAAAGGCCAGAAGGGUAGAUUAGGAGCAUCAGGCAAUCCUGGUCCAGAAGGUUUAAGGGGCGAGACUGGUGAUCCAGGUGAUCCAGGUGAACAAGGUUCAAGUCUGGAUGGUGCUUCUGGAUCGCCAGGCCCUCCUGGGCUUCAAAGUCCAAAAGGCGUUCCAGGCCGCACUACUUAUAGCCCUCCAGGACCCCCAGGCAACAGAGGUCUUCCCGGAUUACCAGGUUUGCCAGGCCUAAGAGGUGACCCUGGUUUUCCUGGGCUUCAAGGGCAACCUGGCACACCAGGACUUCCAGGAGCUAAAGGUGUCAGAGGCCAAAAAGGUGACAUAGGAGUGAUGGGUUAUCCUGGAUCACCUGGACUGGCUUGUGACAAAAAGUUGGAGGGGUUGCCAGGACCACCAGGCUCCUUUGGACCACAAGGACCUAAAGGAUUGCAGGGUAUUAAAGGUCUCCAAGGAGAUAUGGGAGCACCAGGCCCGUCUGGAAUGAAAGGCUUGCCGGGAGCUCAUGGAACACAAGGACCAUCUGGCUUUCCAGGCUUAAGAGGAGAUCCAGGAUUUUCAGGGGAAAAUGGACUGCCAGGUUUUCCAGGAAAAAAGGGAGACAAAGGUUCCCAAGGCAUGCAAGGUUUCCCAGGCCUUCCAGGAAAGGAAGGAGAAAUGGGAGCAUCAGGUGUGAAAGGAGAAGAAGGACAAAUUGGUCAGUCUGGUCCUCCUGGAGAAUUUGGAACAAAGGGUUCCAAAGGUGAAGCAGGAUCUCAAGGGGACAAUGGCUACAUCAGUGUCCUGCAAGAAAAAGGACAAAAUGGAGAACCAGGCCUUCCUGGUGAUGAAGGAUUACCAGGGACACAAGGUGACAAAGGCAACACUGGAUUCAGAGGAAUCCCAGGACUGCCAGGCAAGCAUGCAACUUCAGGCACUCAAAAGGGUCAGCCUGGUGAUAUGGGACAGUCUGGUUCCCAGGGUUUGCCAGGCCUCCCAGGGCCUCCAGGUUUAAGAGGGAUUCCUGGUUUUCAAGGACAAAAAGGUGAUCAGGGCGCACAGGGACAAUCAGGUCCUCCAGGAAGUCCAGGAUCAGGUGGCAGAAAAGGAUCGAAAGGUAGUAGAGGUGACCCAGCUACUCAUCAUGGUCCACCUGGCAAGAAAGGCCCUAUAGGAGUUCUAGGAUCACCAGGACUUCCUGGAUUACCUGGAGACCAAGGUGUACCAGGUGUUCAAGGGGAACCAGGAAGACAGGGCUCCAAAGGGUUGCCUGGAUAUGCAGGAACACCUGGAUUCCCAGGUGCACAGGGAGCUGCAGGAUUUGCAGGAUCUCCAGGUGAACAAGGUAAACCUGGUUAUUUGGGACCUCCAGGUUUCCCAGGAUUACCUGGUAGCCCAGGUAGAAAAGGCUUAUUGGGAUCACUUGGAUUAAAUGGUGUAAAUGGACAAGAAGGUCAAAAGGGUUUGCCAGGACCCCCAGGUUUAAGUGAAAUGGGACCUCCAGGGUGCACUGGAGAACCAGGGCUAAAAGGUAACAGAGGAGAACCUGGGGUUCCAGGAAGUACCCAUCCAGGCCCCCCUGGAGAGAAAGGCCUAAGAGGUCCUCCUGGUAAGCCAGGUAUCUCUGGGCCUGCAGGCUCUAUGGGUCAGCCUUCUGAAAAUACACUUUGUGGCUUUCCAGGAGACCAAGGUCCAGCUGGCUCAGAUGGUAUUAGAGGUCUUCCAGGUAAACCUGGCCCUCCAGGAAAAACUAUUCUUAUUAAAGGAGAUCCAGGGGAUUGUGGUACUUUGGGCCCACCUGGCACUCCUGGCCCACGUGGUAAACAGGGAACCAAAGGUAUUUCAGGAAACCAAGGAAGAAAAGGCUCAAAAGGUCCAGUAGGGACACCUGGUCUGCAAGGACCGCCUGGUGCCCCUGGGGAGCCUGGGGCUCAAGGUUUUCAGGGUCCAACUGGUCCUAUGGGCCAUAAAGGUCACAGAGGUGAUCCAGGAGAAGAUGGAAAAGUUGAUUACUCCUCAUGUCCUAAGAUUCCAGGGCCUCCUGGAGUAUUAGGCCCACGAGGACCACCAGGCUUUGUAGGAUUAAGAGGGCCAAUUGGCUUUCCUGGUCCCCCAGGAAAUAAAGGAGAAGAAGGUUCAUUAGGUCAGCAAGGGCUGGAAGGCUUGCUUGGACCACAAGGACCUCAUGGUGAUCAAGGUGACAUGGGAGAAAAAGGAAGCACAGGCCCACAAGGUCCUCCAGGCCAAACUGGGAUUCCAGGGCCACCAGGGCCAGAAUCCAAAUGGAGUAGCGGGUUCCUGCUUGUUUUUCAUAGUCAGUCAGAAACAGAACCCUUUUGUCCUGAGGGAAUGCCAAGAUUAUGGACUGGAUACAGCCUGCUUUAUUUUGAAGGGCAGGAGAAAGCCCAUAACCAAGACCUUGGUCUCGCUGGAUCCUGUCUCCCUGUGUUUAGCACUAUGCCUUUUACCUAUUGCAAUGUCAAUCAAGUCUGCUACUAUGCAAGUCGAAAUGAUAAAUCUUACUGGCUCUCAAGUGCAUCUCCUUUGCCCAUGAUGCCCCUCUCAGAUGAAGAAAUAGAGCCCUAUAUUAGUAGAUGUGCUGUAUGUGAAGCUCCUGCCCAAACCAUUGCGGUUCAUAGUCAAGAUCAAUCCAUUCCUUCCUGUCCACCAAACUGGAGAAGUCUUUGGAUAGGUUACUCAUUUUUAAUGCACACCGGAUCUGGUGACCAGGGAGGGGGACAGUCCCUCAUGUCAACUGGAAGCUGCCUGGAGGACUUCCGAUCAGCACCUUUUAUUGAGUGCCAGGGUCAACAAGGGACGUGUCACUUUUUUAUUAAUGAAUACAGUUUCUGGCUAGCUACAGUGAAUAAUGAGUCACAGUUUUUAUCAUCCCCUCUCUCAGGGACUAUCAAAGAUGAACAAGAACAACGCCGAAAUAUCGGCAGAUGUCAGGUUUGCAUGAAAUAUGCCUAA